CCUUCAUUCAUUCAGAAGAGAUUUAGUCACCGCUCUCAGUGUCACAAUGGGUGUGACUCACACAACGAGGAGAGGACUUGAGGACUUCUCGCAUAGGUAUUCUGGAGUUGAAAGAAGCCCAGGCACUUCGACCAGAGAGGAUCAGCUUGCUCAGCGUGGCACUUCCUUCCCCUGGGCACAGCAAGAAGGUUGCAACCGACUGAGUAGGUUCCCCAGAAGCUUCUGCACCCCAAAUCAUCUCUAAUAAGAACAUCAUCUUCCUUUAUUGUAUGACAAAAGACUGACCCUGUCAUAUACAAGAGAAGAAAAUGUUCUUUUGGGUGUUGUUCUUCCUAAUCCUCUGUGCUUUUCUAUGGAAUUAUAAAGAACAACUAAGGAUUACAGACAUCACUGAUAAGUUCAUUUUCAUCACUGGGUGUGAUACUGGCUUUGGAAACUUGGCAGCCAGAACUUUUGAUAAAAAAGGAUUUCGUGUAAUUGCUGCCUGUCUGACUGAAUCAGGAUCCACAGCUUUGAAGGCAGAGACCUCAGAGAGACUUCACACAGUGCUUCUGGACGUAACUGACCCAGAGAACGUGAAGAGAACUGCCCAGUGGGUGAAGGACCAUGUAGGGGAAAAAGGUCUCUGGGGUCUGAUCAAUAAUGCUGGUGUCCUUGGUGUGCUAGCUCCCACCGACUGGCUGACUGUGGAGGAUUACAGAGAGCCUAUUGAAGUGAACCUAUUUGGACUCAUCAGUGUGACAUUAAAUAUGCUUCCCUUGGUCAAAAAAGCUCAAGGAAGGGUUGUCAAUGUCUCCAGCAUUGCAGGUCGAAUUUCUUUUGGUGGAGGUGGCUAUACUGUAUCUAAAUAUGCCCUGGAAGGCUUCAAUGACAGCUUAAGACGGGACAUGAAAGCUUUUGGUGUGCAUGUCUCAUGCAUUGAACCAGGAUUGUUCAAAACACAUUUGUCAGAUGAAAUGAAGACAACUGAGAAAAAGCUCACCAUUUGGAACCAUCUGUCUUCAGACAUCAAAAAGCAAUAUGGAGAAGGUUUUAUUGAAAAAAGCCUGGCCAAACUGAAAAGUGCUAUGGCCUGUGUGAACAAAGACCUUUCUCCAGUGAUAGAAAGCAUGGACCAUGCUGUAACAAGUCUCUACCCGAAGACUCGAUAUGCUGUUGGAAAAGAUGCCAAGACUUUUUGGAUUCCUCUGUCUUACAUGCCAGCGGCUUUUCAGGACUAUUUGUUAUUUAAACAGAAAGUAAAGCUGGCUAAUCCCAAGGCAGUGUGACUCACUUACCACAGUUGCCUGCCCCGGGCUGUGACAUAAUUUGGUUUCAAGGACACAUCUCCUUUUCAAUCUCAUUACUUCCCUAAUCCAACCUGGACUCAUUUCUGCUUAUAAAAGAAGGAGUCUCACUAUCCCUGACAUUGUUCCAGGGUCCCUUCUCAAACCACCGUUGAAAAACAGGACAGCGAUGGCAUAUCAGAGAGGCCAGUGCUGCCCAAUAUUGAGACUUUGCCUGUUUGGUAGGGCAAUGGAAAGACUUCCUCCUCCUUCCUUCCUCUAAAAUUGUGUGCAGCACUACCAGUACCAUAUUUAUUAAAUAAUCCUGAACAUUAAACACUGUCUCUGAUCAAAAUAUUAAGAGAUAAGUAGAAUACUGUCCUAAGAGGAUUGACGUGUUCUGUUAUCUUGCUGGGAAUAAGACUCUGAAGGACUGGAACUCAGUUCUCAUAAGCUUUGAUGGAAACAGGAAAAGGAACAGAAAUAAAGCAUUACAUGAUGCUGAUAUAAACUAAAAAAUAAUAAUAAUAAUAAUCACAGUAUUGCUGGGCACUGAAGGCUCACAGCAGUAAUCCUAGCUACAUGGGAGACUGAGAUUGGGAGAAUCAUGGUUCCAGACCAACCCCGGGCAAAAAAAUUCCUGAGAUCUCAUCUCAAUGAAAAAAAGCUGAGUGCAGUGAUGUGUCUGUCGUCCCAGCUACA